AUGGCCGUCCGGCCGGUGAAAAUCGUGUCGGAGGCUAUGCGGGAGCGCGAGACCUUCAGGUACGACUCGUCUCUUCCCACCGAUUUUCACCAUCUGAGCGAUGGUGACGUCUUGCCCAGCUCCGAGCUCGCCAACGCAAGCGACGCCAUUCUGUCUGCUCUUGCGCAGCUCGGUGCUUACCAGACAAAGACCGACCGAGCCUUCAUCUCUCUCUUCGACGCGACCCACCAGUACAUCAUCGCCGAGACCGUGUCGUCGAUGCGUAUAACCCCAGACCUGCCUAGCGCUGCCUCCCACGUUCCUCUUGCGCUCCGCGGCAAUGCAAUUCCCCGCCACCAAGGUACUUGCGACCACGUGCUAUAUCUGAGCACGACUGGCACUGAGGGUGCCUCCGAGCUUCCUCUGUCCUUUGUGCCCAAUCUGGUUGUAGAUCCCCGCUUCGCUACUCGGCCAUAUUGUCAGUUUGGUGAUGGUGGUCAGUUCUACGCCGGCGUGCCUAUUCGCACGCGAAGGGGCAUCAAUAUUGGUGCAUUUUGCGUCAUGAGCCAAACCACACCUGAGGGGUGGGAUGAUCAGUGCCCGCGCUACCUGAGGGAUAUCUCCCGUGCUAUUAUGGACCAUCUCGAAAACAAGAGAUCCAAAGUCACCUCUCGGAUGAACGAGCGCAUGAACAGAGGCCUCGGGUCCUUCAUCGAAGGCAAAGCUACGCUUGCGGGGUGGCAGAGUGGGCCAAAUGCUGACGCCUUCAUGGAUCAUGACAAACAUGAGGGCGGUCUCAAUACUAGGCAACAGCAUAUGGAGCGUGACUGGCAGGACGCCAAGGACAGGGACGACCCGAAUGCAGGCAGCAGACGCCACUCGACGCACGUCAUAGCCGCCGAGAGCCAAACCCCUGUGAUUGAGAUAGACCCAUCCACCACCUUGCACGAGUACGAUACAAGACAUUCAAUCAAAUCAAACCCCAGGAAGCAACACAGCCACGCGAAACAAUCGAAAUCAGAGGAAGACGGGCCCAGCGAGGUCUUUUCCAGAGCCGCCAACAUUCUCCGAGAAGCCUUCGAAGUAGAGGGUAGUGUGUUUGUUGACGUCACCGUUGGAGCCUACGCUUUAUCACCAGAUGCAGACAGUCCAGCGCCGGCCGAUGCUGAUGACAUCGGGGGACAGCUAUCUUCCACAAGCGGCAGUGAUGACCAAGCGCCGCCGCUUCACGAAGCGCCAGACGUCAUGUCCGAUGUCCUCGGCUUCUCCACGACCGAAGCUUCUAGCAUCAAUGGUACCCAAUUAGCCCAAACUGUUGGCAAACUUCCCAACCGCUUCAUCGCCAAGCUACUUCGGCGAUAUCCAAACGGCAAAAUUUUCAAUUUUGAUGCUGUCGGAGACCUGCAGCCAAGUGACUCGUCUGACGAUGAGGGCAAGGCAGCAGGCCAGCCUACUGACAUCGCCGCUUCAACGCACAACGGGGACGGCGAAGAUACCGAUGGCUCACAGAAGGCGUUGAGAAAUCGGCGUCCUGGACGCUUCAGUCGGCAAAGGGAGGGUGAGCAUAUUCAUCAAGCUUUCCCAGGCGCGCGCAGCGUCGCUUUCUUCCCUAUGCGGAAUUCCAAGAGGGACCGUUGGCUGGCUGGCGGGUUUAUCUAUACACUCGCACCAACUCGUGUCUUUUCAAUCGAAGGAGAGCUUAGCUUCCUCCGAGCAUUUGAAAGGGUCAUCACGGCUGAGCUCCUUAGCCUCGAGCAAGUGCAAGUCGACAGGGCAAAAUCGGAUGCACUGGGCUCGCUAUCCCAUGAGUUGCGAUCACCACUACACGGCGUCAUCCUCGGUACCGAACUUCUCAACGACACAGAGCUGAGCGGCUUCCAGGGGAACACCACACAUAUGAUAGAGACAUGUUGUCGGACGCUACUCGAUACCAUCGAUCAUAUGCUGGAUUAUUCAAAAGUCAACAGUUUUGCCUCUAAAGACAUAAAAGGCCCGCCCACUUCUACAGCCAAGCGGCCAGGAAUGCGACAAAAGCUCAAGUCUAACCAAUUUGGCAAAAAGCUACACAUAAACGCGAGGCUCGAUGGCAUCAUCGAAGAAGUCGCGCAGAGCGUUUUUGCAGGCUUCAACUUCCAGCACAUGUCGAUUCGGCAGCUCUCGAAGCAUGCAACUUCCGGCUUCAGUGACACCGCGGCACACAAUCAAUUAGACUUUACACAAGCCAUGGAGCAGCUCAGCCCGACUCUUGGCACUCUGGCCGACCAAAUGUUUCAGCUUGGCCGCGUGUCAGUGUAUCUUUGCAUUGAUCAAAGCUGCAACUGGAUGUUUAAUAUGCAGCCCGGAGCUAUACGUCGGAUAUUUAUGAAUCUGUUUGGCAAUGCUCUAAAGUACACACAAAGCGGCUCUAUACGAGUGUCGCUAACUCAGCAGCCACACGCUUCGAACCACGCCAGCUCUGAGCGGCUCGUUAAGUUGACAGUGCAGGAUACAGGGAAGGGGAUGAGCAAAGACUACAUGCAGCACCGAAUGUUUGUGCCGUUUUCCCAAGAAGAUGAACUGACACCCGGCACAGGCCUGGGUUUAAGUCUAGUCAGAACAAUUGUGUCGCAGCUGUGCGGCCGAAUCCAUGUUAAAAGCCGGAUUGGUGUGGGCACAACGGUAGUUGUGACCUUGCCGCUAGAGCAGUCGUUGGAGAGUCCGGAUACGCUGAGCAACCUGCCGGAAGAAGACAAGCUGUUUGAAGAGCAGCGGCGCGAGCUCAAGGGGCUGCGUAUCCGCAUUCAUGGUUUUGACGGACCCGGGGCGGGCAGCGAGGAGCGAAUCAUCAUAGAAAGCAUCUGCCGCGAUUGGCUGCAACUUGAGCUUGUCCCGGAUCAUGGAAGCUCCCCAGACAUUGUGCUGCGGUCAGCAAGUGCAUUACCCGAGACCUUCGAACAGAGUGCGGACCUUGCUAGGACCCCAAACGUCGUUUUAUGCAAGGACGCCUUGACAGCAUACCAACGACUUCGAAAAUACGACACUGCUGGUCAGGGUGGUAUUUUUGAGUUUAUUUCGCAGCCAAUCGGGCCGCGCACUUUUGCAAAGUCGUUACUUCUCGCCUAUAAAAGAUGGAUGGGCUUAUCGAGUAUUAAAGCGCCACCACGUCCAGCGGGACCAAGUCGAGCGCAUAGCACCUUGUCAUCAAAUCUCAUGCUACCACCGCGGCCGUCGAGACCAAGUCGAGCGCACAGCACAUACUCUGCUGGCCAGCCGCCGAAGGAGUCCCAGGAUGAAGUUUGGCAGCCGCUCGUGAGCCCUAGUGGCACAGCGGUGGUUUCUGAGCCUCGAGCCGACGACACUGCCAAUGCGCUUGAGCCGACUGAAGACGCGCCGCCACCAACACCACUACUACUAGACGACGCCGAAAGCGAGACGGAGAGCAAGAUCCUGCUCGUGGACGACAACCACAUCAACCUCAAGAUCCUCGCGGCCUUUAUGGGCAAACUCGGCCGUGCUUACGAGAUGGUGGUCAAUGGCAAGGAAGCAGUCGACGCGUACACAGCGCGGCCGGAGCAGUACGACGCGAUCCUCAUGGACAUUUCCAUGCCCGUCAUGGACGGCCUGGAGGCGACGCGCCGGAUCCGCGCGUUUGAGCACCGGAGCAGGUGUCGCCGCAUGGUGGCGGUGCUGGCGCUGACGGGGCUCGCGUCGGACAGCAUCCACAAGGAGGCGUCUGACAGUGGCGUAGACAUGUUUCUGACGAAACCGGUGCGGCUCAAGACUCUGAGCGAGGCGCUGCAGUCGAUCAACGUGCUCAAUUCGUGA